AUGGCCCCGACCAAGUACCACAAGUUCCGCGGCGGCGAGCGGUGCGACGAGUGCGGCGCGCGGCAGUGGUACGCCCAGGACGCGCUGCGGUACUGCCGCAACGGCCACCGGCUCGAGGGCUUCGCCGCGCACGAGGCCGACGAGGACGCCUUCGGCACCCAGGGCCGCGUCUCGCGCGUCAAGAAGGAGCCCCGGCGCAAGGUCGCCGUCAAGCUCACCGGCGACGAGGGCCGCGAGUUGUAUCUCGAGGUCCUGCAGCUCCUGCUCGUGCGCCAGGUCCGCUGGCUCGUCGCGGGGCGCGGCCUGCCUGAGGAUCUGGCCGAGGUGGUCAGGGCGCUUUGGGCGCUGCGCGUGCGCAAUCUGCCGCUGAGGGAGAGGGGGGGCAGACGUGUUGUUGCUGGGCGGGACGAUGAUGGCGCGUCUUCGUUGUUCGCGUCCCAGAGCGAGAUGGGCGAGUCGUCGGACGUGGACCUCUCGGAUGCGACGACGGCUGCUACAUGGGCGCCCGACGCGGCCAGGCGGUGGAAGCUGCCGAGGCUCAUUGAUACGCUGGCCCUGUGCUAUCUGGGGUGUCUGGUUCGACGUGUGCCGGUUUCGACGGGGGACUUGUAUCGAUGGGUGCAAAAUGGGGAUAUGGACUUUCUCGCAGCGUUCAACAAUAUCCCUCGCAAUGUUCGGGAUCGCUUGCCCGCGGCAUACCACAGUGCUCUGCAGGUUAGAGACCAUCUACAGCCUGGCCGGCUACAGACCGCGGUGCAGGAUCUAGUCAUCUCGUUUAAGAUGAGUUUCGAUACGGUGUUUCCUCCGCUCAACUACGUUCCUGUACUUGUUGGAUAUAUCACCGAGCUGGCAUUGCCAAUGGAGGUAUACAUGACAGUCAAGUGUAUUGCAGAGAUUGUACACACGGAUUAUUCGUAUCCAAUGGGCGGCAAGAAGAUGCGCACCAUGGACAAUCCCGAAGUACUUCUGAUCGCACUGGUCGUCCUAUCUACGAAGUUACUAUACCCACUGGACGGCAUCGAACGGCCCCCGAUCGGCUACCAUGAUCCGAGAAGCACCAAGGUCGACUGGUCACAGUGGCAGAGAGUCAUGGCAGAUACGCCCGUGGAGGAGCGUUCCAAUCUGACACACGGCGAGGAGUACAAGGUCACGCCCAAUGACGUUCUUAGCAUAGACGAGACGAAACUUGACGAUUUCAUGGACUGGUUCGAGAAGACGUGGGUUGGAAACGGCGAUUCCAAGACAACGGAGAGAAUACGCGAGCCGUUUCAAGGUCAGCAGCGCCCUUCUGAGCCUAGACGGCCAGCGGAACUCGAACCCGAUGUGAAUGGCGAGCGGAUCAGGGGGAAAUACAGGGCCCUGGGAGGCUACGAAGGGAGUAUCGAGCCGGUUGUCGAGGUGCCGGGGGACCACAAGAAGCAACCUCGAGAUUUAUGUCCAAUAUGGCGAAGCGAGGAGGAUCUGCCGGACGCCGCGAGAAUGCUAUUCAUCAAAGCUGCGGACCUUGCGGCUAUACCGUUGGAUACCCUUAUACGAUGCGCUUCGCAGGUCGAAAGGCGUCUGGAGGUCUGGUGCGUCGAGAAGGGGAAGGAGAGGCGGGAUAGAGGAAAGGGCAAGGGCAAGGCAAUUGAGACCGGCGCAGUGCAGAUCUUCGUGAAGACCCUGACGGGCAAGACCAUCACCCUCGAGGUGGAGUCGUCCGACACUAUCGACAAUGUCAAGAGCAAGAUCCAGGACAAGGAGGGCAUUCCCCCGGACCAACAGCGCCUGAUCUUCGCCGGAAAGCAACUCGAGGAUGGCCGAACCCUCUCAGACUACAACAUCCAGAAGGAGUCGACUCUGCACCUGGUCCUGCGUCUGCGCGGUGGUAUCAUCGAGCCUUCGCUGAAGGCCCUGGCCUCCAAGUUCAACUGCGACAAGAUGAUCUGCCGCAAGUGCUACGCCCGUCUCCCUCCUCGUGCCACCAACUGCCGCAAGAAGAAGUGCGGACACACCAACCAGCUCCGCCCCAAGAAGAAGCUGAAGUAG